AUGAUGCCCACCAAUGUCUCCAUCACAGGCCCGAAAAACCUUGUCCAAUGCAAGGUUGGAUAUUUGGAUCCAGAAUACAUUGAAAGUGGAAUGUUAACUAUAAAAUCAGAUGUAUACUCAUUUGGGGUUAUCUUACUGGAAUUAUUAUGUGGUAGAAAGCCAAUGAUUAUUUCUCAAGAUGAGGAUGAGGUGAAUUUAGUCCGUUGGUUCAAGACUAAUUUGGAAAUGGGCAUGGUGGAUGAGAUCUUCGAUCCAUGCCUAACUGACAAAAUAGCACCGGAAUGUUUGAGUGAAUAUGUGAAGAUUGUAGCCAAUUGCGUGAAGGAUGAAGGAGUCGAACGGCCAACAAUUGAGGAUGUUCUGGGAAGCCUCAAGUAUGCCUUGCAGCUGCAGCAAAAUUGGGAGUAUUUUAAAGAGUUAGUGUAA